GCUCUGAAGAGAUCACUUUCUAAUUAAAGAUGGCUGCUGAUACCUCUGUUGAAAUACUUCAGAAAGUUUUGGAGAAUGAAAUACUUCAGACUACCAAGAUUGUGGAAGAACAACUGGAUGCUGGAAUCCAGAAGCUGGAUCAAAUGGAUGAAGAUGAACUGGAAUGCCUUAAACAAAGGAGGCUUGAGGCACUAAAAAAGGCCCAGCAGCAGAAACAAGAGUGGCUUUCAAAAGGACAUGGAGAAUACAGAGAAAUCCCAAGUGAGAGAGACUUUUUCCAAGAAGUCAAAGAAAGUAAAAACGUGGUUUGCCAUUUCUAUAGAGAUACUACGUUCAGGUGCCAAAUAAUGGACAAACAUUUGACUGUACUGGCGAAAAAGCACAUUGAGACAAAAUUCUUGAAAUUAAAUGCUGAAAAAUCUCCUUUCUUGUGUGAGAGACUGCGCAUCAAAGUAAUUCCCACUCUAGCACUAGUAAAAGAUGGAAAAACACAAGACUAUGUUGUGGGCUUUACUGAUCUUGGUAACACUGAUGACUUCACUACAGAGACCUUAGAAUGGAGAUUAGGCUGUGCAGAUGUAAUUAAUUACAGUGGAAACUUGAUGGACCCACCUUUUCAAAGUCAAAAGAAAUUUGGAACCUUUACAAAGCUGGAUAAGAAGACCAUCAGAGGAAAGAAAUAUGAUUCAGAUUCUGAUGAUGAUGACUAGAAGAACAGCUAAAUAUAUUUGUAAAUCAUCUUUUGUUUAUGCUUGGUACAUUUCUAAGAAUGUUUUUAUAAAGCUUACUGCUUUUCAUUACAUCUGCACAUAAUGCUCAUUUUUCUAUACAGUUUUAUACAACUUAGUCAUAGCAGAAAAAAGCUUAAAUUUUUUUUCCCCUCUUUUGGAGGUCAUUUGUAAUUCAGAAUUUAGUCCUUCUAACUAAAAAAUGUGGCAAAUGAUGGACUUUGUCUUAAGUAUAAGUUUAUGAAGUGUUUUGAAGUAACUGUUAGAAACAACUGUA